AUGUCCGCCUUGUCAAACACUCUGAAGCAUGCCUGCCCUCCGCUCCCUCCAACAGUGGCUAACCAAUUCUCCUUGACUCCGCACAGCAGCAGCUUUGGAGAUCCAAACGCUCACCCGCCGCCCACGCCGAAGCAGACUCCAACCUCGGGUGCCUUUCCCAGCCCGAUUUUCGAGACGCCGAAACCUCCCCAGGGAUCCUUCGCCGACACCAGCGGCCUAACGCCUCGCUUUGCUGAGGAGUAUUCCGUCUUCAACGCCACGCCGGGCAAUCUGCGGGGGGCCCAGUUCCCCUUCGCAGAUUUUGUGCCCGCCACUCCCUUCGCAUCGGCCUUUCUAGGCCACAAGCGACAGCUGUCCGCCGACGAGCAAGCUGUCGAGCGGCUUGCCAUCGAGAUUGCAACCCGAGCCAACAUCCCGCCGUCGAAUCCCAAUCUCCCACCGCCGCCCGUCGACCCGUCUCGACGCCUGCCCUCCUCGCCGGCAGCUUUGAUAUCAUCGACAAAGGCCGCUGUCAACUCCGAAGCCCAACUCGGCCCUGCCUUUUCCUCCUCCUCGCAUACCAAGUCGCCGAAGAAGCUCCGCCGGGGUACAAUUGAAGGAUCCGACGCAGCCCAACCUCUAUCGCCGCCGCCGUCGGCUCACAAGAGCGACCAGAAGCUCGCUCCCAAGAUCAAUAUGCAAGAUGACCAGAGCUAUGGUCACCCAGACUUUGGCGACGGCUUCCAGGGCAUGACGGGCAUGAUGGGCGGCGCCGAAGACAUGUUUGUGUACCCAAUGUCUGCCCCCCCGGGCCAGGCCAACUUCUGGGACCCCGCCAUGGGAAUGGACUUGGAUUUCAGCACAGCAGGCGCCGCCUUCUUUCAGCCCUCGCACCGCCACACCGGUUCUUUUGACUGGAACAGCGAUAUCCAGCUCUUCCAAGACCCUGUACCGCCGCCUCCCCCACCAUCAUCAAACCAAGAGAAUGUCCAGCCGAAUGCCCAACACAUCAACCAGCCGGCCCGGAGGGAGAGGAUGCUGGCGCCCAAACCGCCCAUCUCCUCGGGGCAGACUACGGCUCACAUGGCCGCGUCUGCCAUGUUUCCCACAUCCAUGGAAGACUCGUUUGGUUUGGCAACUCCCAUGGAAGGUGUGGACCCAGGGCUGCUAUACAGCCGGCCCCCGACGUCUUCGAUGACAGCCGAAUUCAACCACAUCAACAAUUCGUCCGCGGACAUGAUGCCCAUUGCGGAAGCUAGCGGCAACUCUCGUGUGAUGGCCCAGCCUCGCCGGACUAAUAGCAUGAAGGAGGCGAAAAGGGGCAAGAUGCCAGAUCGUUCUUAUACAAGUUCCCCUGUCAAGGCCAUGAGCCGCCCAGAAUUGAACCGCAGCCUAAGUGAGACCCGGAGCAAGAAGGCAAUGGGCCGGGGCGCAUUGCCGACAUUGGCAUCCGCCUCAAGGCCGUCAUCACAGGCUGGGGGCAUGAGUAUCAACACAGAUGUGGGAAAGUCGGGGUCGCAGCUCUCCAGGUCUGGGAGGAUGUCACCCCUCAAGAGCCAGCGACGGCUGUCGAGCUUGGCGUCUAUUCCCGAGUUUGCCUCUCAACCCCAGCUUCAUCGACCACGGACAUCAGUAAAGUUCACUAUAGAUGCACAUGGGCGAGCUCGAGCGGAAACGACAGUGGUGGUGGAGGAGUCUGGGAGCAUUACCCGUAGUCGAAGCUCCCGAGAGCUCUCAUCAACGCGGAGAAGCUGGGAAUCUUCUGAUGACGAGUCCUCUACCGACGAGGAGCCAAUCAUCAUUCCCAGCCGAGCCAACUCAUUCAAUGCAUCGUUUGCGUUGCCCGACCCACGCAAGCCAGUGGGCUCAAUCUUCCAUUCAGGUCGGCGGAGCAUCAGUGACAGGAGCAGGAGUGCGUCGACCCCUUCUCUCGUGACGCCAAUCGAUGGGGAGAGCGAAGCCGAGACAAUUAUGACAGAUCAUCACGAGAGGGGAGGAGAUGCAGCGAGCGAGCUGCGUAAGGUGGUAGAAAACCGACAGAAGCGAUCCGUACAGGAGAAUACUCGGCCACACCAGCGCAUUCUGACUUCGAGCGGCUCUGUAAAUUUCAAAAAUAGUGCCAUAUCCCCAGUCAGCAUGGCGGACUCGAACUACAGAAUGGAGGGACACAGGAUUCGAUGCGUGUGCAGCAGAAAUGAGCCCGAUGAAGACAAUGAUUAUAUGCUUCAGUGCGAGUCCUGCGAGAUGUGGCUGCAUGUGGCCAUGAUGCUGCGAUACUCUCUCAAUCUGCCCAAUGAGGCCAAGGCUGUUGAAGGGGCCAUCAAGAACGCUAUUGAUGGGAGUCUACAGACAAAGAACAUGGGCGGCAACUCUAGCAUCACGGAGGCUGGUGAUGAGGUUUUCGAGGAACUUGUCAAGGUCCUCAAAGCAUGA